AUGUCCAAAACACAGAACCCAAUCCAUAACCUUCCCGAUGACGAUGCUCCUCCUGACCUUCCUCCUCCUUCAUAUAAUGAGGCUAUUAGCUCUCCAGCUACUGGUUCGUCUGAUAUGCCUCCAGUCCAGCCCCAGAGACCUCCUCAGCCUCCACAGAGACCUGCCAGUUCUCUGAAUGGAUCGUAUAGACCGGCUCCACCGCCUCAGCGGGCCGAGCCAGGCAUGAGCUACUCGAAUAACGAGCUGCUUCCUUUUCAGUUUCCAAAACGCUACUUCUGUAAGAAGUGCAAGAAUACGGGGUAUAGGAAAGACCAUAAGAUGUGCUUGGACUGCUGGAACAAGCUUUAUAUUCCUACAAACGCAUAUAAUCCGAACCCACACCUUCCAUUUAAGUACCCGAAGGGCUUUCUUUGUGAAAAAUGCUAUAAUACGGGUAAAAAGGAUAAGAAUGGCAAGCCAUGUAAGGACUGCUAUAGACGCUUUGCCAAGCGUAAUAACUACUCGAUUAACCCUCCAGGGUUGAGUGGACCGUAUAUGGCUCCUCCACAGCCAAUGAUGAUGCCUGGCCCUCCAAUGAUGCCAGGCAGUUACGGUCCAGGGCCUCAGAUGCCUAUGAGAGUACAGCCUGGAGAUCCACGGUUAGGUGGAACACUUUGUGGAAACUGCAGAGGCACGGGCCAGACAUGGUUCUUGUUGGAUUCAGAUUUGUGCACUGUGUGUGGUGGUUUAGGUAGACUCUUGAACAGGUACUAG